UAUGAAUAAGGGUUAAUCUCCAAGAAGAGAUCAUUCUCCCAAUUUCUUUUAUCAUGUUACUAAUGAUAAUUACAUGUAUAAGAGAAGUGCUGAUACAUAAUAAACUGAUCCAAAUUGUAUGACUAAAUAAGCUAGAAAUUAUGUCAAUAAUACAAAUCUUAAUAAUUCUCCUAGACCUGCUGGAUCACCUUCAAGAAUGAAUUUUACUAUGCAAAAUAAAUAUUUCCAUCAAUCAAAUGUUUUUGAUGGAAUUUAAUAAACAAAAGACUAUAAACCACCUGAAUAGCCAUUAAAAGAGAAAUAACGUGAUAAUAAAUCUCCUUCAAUAUUAAAUGGAGCUCAAAUAAAUAAAAAUUAUAAUUGUACUUUAGGUAAAUCAUAACCAAUACUAAAUAAAUCAAAAUAAAUUACUAUUGAAUUUUAAACAGAUAAUAAUAAUUUUGAUACUUUAGAUUUAAAAAGAUCUUUAUUAAAAUAAGGCAUUUAGAUUUCAGAUAUUUAAAUGAAAAAUCCCAUAAACUCAGGAAGAACUAAAAAUGUUGGAAAUAUUACAGUAAGAGGAGAUGAAGAUAAAUUAUCAAAUCUACAUUAAGAACUUGAAAAAGUAGGACUUAAAACUUAUGAUAAACCAAAUAAUUAUUAUGUAUUAUAAAAUCAAUAAUCUAGAAAUAAUAAGCAGAUCAUAAUUGGAUGCUUUAAAAAUAGAAAUAUGACAAAAUUGAAUAUUUCAAAAAUCGUUGA